AUGGCUGUGCCGUUUUCUGCCAAAUACUCGACAGAGUCCAUUACGUUCGGACAACAGACCUGUCCACCGGGGCCCAUCUGCAGCGGCGCGCCCGAUCCGGUAAAUGACCCCAUGAGCUGGCGCGAUGUUCUUCGAGCCCGCACUGAUAUCCACGCAGCAGCUUUUCCGGCCGAGGAAGACGCCGCGUUGGUUGCCGCGGUAGCACCAGGUUCCGUCUCCACAGGCACCGACAUCUGUUAG